CACAAGCCAGGGCACCAUAUUGAAUUGUUUUGAUCCGAACCUCUGCUUCUUACUUCUUUUUACUUGUGGGUUUGGUUAUUUUUUCAGUAAAGGAACCACAGUUAAAAUAAGACAACAGCGGAGUCUGUCCUAACAAGGUCACAAUGAAGCUGACGGAAAUCAAAAAGUUAAAGGUGGCCGAGCUGCGGUCCAGACUGAGAGAAGUGGGGCUGGACAGCGGAGGACUGAAGGCUGAGCUGGUGGUCCGGCUGUGGUCCGCUUUAGACUCGGGACUCGCGAGAGGCGAGGAGACGCGGGUGGAACCACAACCUGACGACUCACCGACACCAGCAGCACCGACAGACACUGUGGAGGAUCCCGCUCCGUUCUCCUCGCCGCCGGCGGCAGAAGCCUGCAUUACUGCGCCACGUUGCCCGGACAGCACCAGAGAGUUUACAGACAGCGGGACACAGACUGAAGCCGAGUCCGGAGCGACCGCACCACAGCUCGGCCCUGAAGUAGUGUCCGAGUCGGUGAGGGGGAACCAGGCGGAGAUAGGAGGAGAGGUGGAAGGUCCCGGGCAGGAGAGGAGAGAUCCGUCCUCUGAGGAGACGAACAGGGGGAGAGCUUUCUACGAGUUUAAAGAGGAGAUACGAUACAAAAGAGUGAAAUCCCCACAACCUCCAGUGGACAGAGAGGAGGCAGAGGAAAAGGAUGAGGAUAGAGUCAGCCUGGAUCUAUAUGACAGUCAUCUCCACUUUGAGGUGGGCGCUGACGGAUCCUGGGGGCAGCCCCGGUUCUGGAAUCAGUUCCCCUCACUGUGGUCGGGCUGCAGGCUCACCCAUGGGGUGCUGCAAGGCAGGGUGGGCUUUGAGGUGAGGCUGGAGAGGAACUUGUUGACUACACGGCAGGAGGAACAAGAGGGGGUGGAGCCCUGUGGUGUGAGAGUUGGCUGGUCAGUGGCUCACUCCUCCCUGCUGCUUGGUGAAGAUGAGCUCUCUUUUGCUUAUGAUGGACACAGUAAAAAAGUGUCAAAUGGAAAGGAAGAGGAGUUUGGAGAAUCUUUCUCAGAGGGGGAUAUCAUUGGCUGUUACGCUUCUUUCUCUGCAGCCGGUGCCGUUCAGAUCUCUUUCCAUAAGAACGGUCGUUUCAUAGGUGUGGCCUUUUCCCUGGGCGCCUCUGUGCUGCAGGGUCGAUCUCUGUUCCCUCACAUCCUCUGUAAGAGCUGCUCAGUCAGAUUCCUCCUGGACCCUACAGCUCCUCCCUGGUACCCUAGCCCUCCAGGUUUUACUCCAUUGGCAGCUCUCCCUGCUGGGCAGAGGGUGCGCUCGACACUGGGACCUUCUUCCAGAGCACAGUGUGAGGUUUUGUUGAUGAUGGGACUUCCUGGUUCUGGGAAGAGCCACUGGGCCCGGUCUCACAUGAAGCAGCAUCCAGAGAAACGCUUCAGGCUGCUGGGCACAGAGGAGCUGCUCGCAUGUACGAUUAGUGGCGAACAGAGGGACAGUAGGCUGAGACAGGCCGCUCAGUGUCUGACUGAUUUAAUUAAAAUAGCUGCUCAGACUCCGGGCAACUACAUUUUGGACCAGUGCAACAUCCUCUUCUCGGCACGCCGUCAGAAACUGCAGCUGUUCUUGGGCUACAGGAGGCGGGCGGUGGUAGUUUUUCCACCUGAAGACGAGUGGAGAAGACGACUGUCGCUGCACCAGACGAGUGAGGAAAACCAGAUCCCAGAGACGGCCCUGCUCAAACUCCAAGUGAGCUGCAGUCUUCCAGAGCGGCAGACUGACCUGCUGGAGGAGCUGCUAUAUGUGGACCUGCCCCAGGAGCAGGCGCAGACGCUCCUGCAGGAGUACAAAGACUGCGCUCGCAGACUGCUGCCCCCCGUCCCCAAAAAGGAGAAGAAGAGACCCCGACUUCACAGGAAAAGACCCCUCCCUCAUGGCCCUCCACCAUCACACAGGAUCCAGUGGACUGGUAUGAAUGCAUGGAACAACCCGAGAAUCAACAUGCAGCCAUGGAGUCAGCACCCAACAUAUUGGAACGUGUCUUAUCGGGACCAGAGCUACAACUACAGCAGAGACUUCAAUCAGAUAUGAGGAUUAUUGAAGAAACCAAUGCUGCUUCAUUUCUACAUAUAUACAAGGUUUUUACAAGGACAGUAAUUCUCUUGAUAAGUUAUAGAAAAUUUGUAUAAAAGAGGUGUCUAAAUCAUGGAGAACUGCAGAUUGUAUGUUGCAGGGAGUGCGUCGAUCAGUCAAUGCCAUCAGUGCUGAAGUAUUUUAAGAAUUUUGACGAUAAAAACCAGGUCACUUU